AGAAGAAGAAGAAGAAGAAGAAACCGGCAGAUAGGCUUAAGCCAAAGCUUCUCUCUGAUUUCGGUUGAAAGAAGAAGGGAAAUGAAGAGGUGUGAGCUCUGCGAUUUGGCGGCAAGGACGUAUUGUGAGUCGGACAAAGCGAGUCUGUGCUGGGACUGUGAUGCUAAAGUGCACGGAGCCAACUUUCUCGUGGCGAGGCACGUGAGGUGUCUUCUCUGUCACGCUUGCCAGUCUCUCACGCCGUGGAGAGCCGCUGGUACAAAGCUCGGUCACACGGUUUCCGCCUGUGAUAGGUGCGUCGACGGUGGCGAUCGAGAAGGCAGCGAAGCGGAAAAUGACGAAGACGGUGUUUCUGAUGAUGAGGCGGAGGAGGACGGCGAUAAUCAGGUAGUGCCGUGGUCCGCAAAUAUGCCUCCGCCGGCUUCAAGUUCAACUAGUAGCGAUGAAUAUUCCGAUGGCGAAAGAGAGGUCUGUAAAUCAACAAAUUUGUUUCCGUUGAAAAGAUCGAGAGAAAAUGCUUCAGAUCUUCGUUAUAAGCAGGACGAUCUGGAUCCAUUAUCUCGUAAACGGAGGCAUGGUUACCGUAAUAUUUUGACGACUCCGUGCAGAGCAGAGGACGAUGCCGUUUAUGUUGAUUAUGUAAGGAUGUUAAAAGAACAGUCUAUCAAACAAGAGAAUGCCGUUCAGCUACAGUCAGAAGCGAGUGAUUCGGUAGGCACGGCGAGUUCAUAGUCAUUAAGCAAAAGG